GUACUUGACGUAGGAACUUUAUUUCCUACUUCCUGGUCUAAACUCUGCUCAAGAUCAAUGGCUCCACUUCACCUUUCGCCGUUUAAACGCUGUAAAUAUUAGUAGAAAUGAAUACACAAGUAACUUUAUUAAAAAUCGACUACUUUUCAUAAACGUCUUUAGUGUUUUUAGCAGAAUUUGACAAUGGCAGAUACAAGCCGCCCUCAGCGCAAGCUGUCCCGAGCUGGAGAGAGUUUAUACGAGAUAUUAGGCUUACCAAAAGGAGCUUCAUCUGAGGAUAUUAAGAAAGCAUACAGGAAACUGGCACUGAAGUAUCACCCAGACAAGAACCCCAACAACCCUGAAGCGGUGGAGAAGUUCAAAGAGAUCAACAAUGCCAACGCCAUCCUCAAUGACGACACCAAACGACAGAUCUACGACGAAUAUGGGUCCAUGGGCCUCUACGCCGCAGACCAGUUCGGAGAGGAGGGCAUUAAAUACUACUUCCUCAUGUCCAAAUGCUGGUUUAAGGCACUCCUGGGAUUGGGAGUGAUCUUCACAUGUUGCUGCUGCUUUUGCUGCUGUUGCUGCUGUUGCGGUAAAUGUGGCGGUUCAGAGAACGAAGAUCAUUUUCACUAUGUGGAUCCAGAUGAGCUGGAGGCGGAGAUGUCAGAGGAGCAGAACAGAGGCAAUGACACAGUAAUAACAGGACAGCCUAUUCGCAGUCCAGCACCUGGAAAUUCAGGAAGCACUGUGAUUGUAGGAAUGGCCAUUCCUGCCCACUCAGAUGGAGACACUUCUGUACUGAUCACUCCAGAUGCACAUGUGGCACAGGAGUAGAGCAAACUACGACCUCCAGACUUGUUAGGAAGACUGACUUACUCCUGUUUCUGGUUGUAGAAAUGAGGACACUGCUGUAGAAAUGCGUUUGAGCAUCAGUGGUUUGUAUUACACAGUGCCUGUGCAGUUUUUGUGACUCGUUUGAUCUCCACACAUAAUGCUAUUUCUGUUUACAUCAUUUUAUAAUUGCCUUUUGGUUGCUUGAAUGUCUUUUGAUUUUAGAUUUUUUUUUUGCAGAAACACUUUAUUUUGUAAUGCUUCAUUUAAAGCAGCUGUAUGUAGUUUUCGAGUAUUUUUGUGACUUUGGAGCCCUCUACAGUUGAGUGAGUGGAAUUCACUGUUGUACAGUUGCAUGCAUUUGUUGCUGUCUUAAAGCAAUUUGUCAUUUUUGCGGAAUUUCGUACCCGCUCGUGAAUGAUGUUGAAACUGAUACUUCAAGGUAAAAACAUACAUAGAGUUGCUUUAAAUGACCUCUAGAGUACAAUCAAACAUACCUUGCACAACAAAGUCAACCUGAAGUAAUACCACAAAAAUGUUCUGUUUAUAUAACAACACCAGAAUAAUUGAUUUGCGCAAAAUAACAUUUUCUAUUUAUCAUCUUUAAUUCGUACAUUGCGUAAAGGUUAAACCAUGCUUUUCCAGUGAAAUCUAAUAUAUGCACUUUGUGUGCUUUUCAUUACAGUAAUUCUUAAGAGCAUAAAGUUUGUAUGAUUAAUGCUGUAUUUGUACAAUGUGGAGUCAUUAAGGCUCCAAUA